UAUUAUACACCUGUGUGCGUUAUCUUCUUUAAAACAAAAUGUGAUCAAAUCAUUCCAGUCUUAAAACCUGGAACUAAUGUGUAAAGUAAAAAGUGUGUGUGUGUGUGUGUGUGUGUGUGUGUGUGUGUGUGUGUAGUGGCAGGCCAUCUCUCUGACCGUGAUUGAGAAGGUGCAGAUAGCAGCCAUAGUCUUGGGCUCGCUCUUCCUCAUCGCCAGCGUUUCCUGGCUGGUGUGGUCGUCUCUCAGCCCCUCGGCCAGGUGGCAGCGGCAGGACCUCCUGUUUCAGAUCUGCUACAGCAUGUACGGCUUCAUGGACAUAGUUUGCGUAGGUCUUAUAAUGCACGAAGGAUCAUCUGUUUACCGGAUCUUUAAGCGCUGGCAGGCAGUGAACCAGCAGUGGAAAGUGCUGAACUACGACAAAGCCAAGGAUUUAGGCAACCCUGUCGGCUGCAGCAGUAAAGCUGCUGCUCAGGCGGAGGGGAACUUUUCAGAUGGCGUCACAGACAGCGGCCGGACAACGAGCCGGUACGUCAGGACUAUUCUCAACCACCACUGUGGCUACGCCAUCCUGCACAUCCUCAGCCAGCUGAGAGCAUCCAACCUGAGCGGCUCCAACCAGGAGAUGGUCAUGAGAGUGACCACCGUAUGAGGCCAGGACAGGACUAAAGGUCCUUGAAGGAGACGUUAAAGUGCUGAUACACACAAACCCUAAUGUGCCAUAAAAAACUGCCUGAAACUGUAGUUGUACAUUUUAUUCUUAAAACUUUCACUGAGCUAUGAGGAAAAACAUGUUUCUGAGCUGUGUGAGUGCACAUCAUUCCAGUAAAACCUACAAGACUGUGAAAAAAAAAAUUCUGGAUAAAAAUUUGAAUUCUU